AAUUUGACGUAUUCAUUGUCCGUUUUGUUUUGCUCAUUUUCGUUUUCGUUAGAUUUUUGAAAUGGCUGGGGUGACUAACAUACUUGAAUCAGUCCGCGAGGAUGAUUUUGUCGAAUAUUUUCUAUUUCCACCUAUCGAAACCAACGAUGAACAAGAACAGGAACGUAUUUUAACUGCAAUUUUGGAUAAAGCGAACAAAAUCAUUCAUAAAUACACAAAGAACUUUUUGUGGCACAAAGAUGAAUUUAGACUAGUGGUGCGAACAUCCAUUAGUAAUUACCUUAAUGAACUCGAUGGCCAAAGAGAAAAUCUUCCACCUCACUUGUAUGGGGUCUCCCACUAUGGUGAUAACAUUGAGGAUGAGUGGUUUAUGGUUUUUAUUCUACAGCAACUAACAAGAGAAAUUACAGAUUCUAUUGUUAGAGUACAUGAUUCUGAUGGGGAGUUUUUGCUCAUUGAAGCUGCUGAUUAUUUACCCAGUUGGGCUAGUCCAGAAACAUGUGAAAAUAGGGUUUACAUUUAUGGUGGAAAUAUCCACCUUAUCCCUACCACUUCAUCUAAUAGCUUUUUAACAAUGACUGAGGCUUUACAAAAGAUCAGACAGGAUCCAACAUGCACAGCAGGUUCUCCAGACAUACAAAAUUCCAUAAAAUUAAAACUAAAUGGUUAUCCAGAGAAGUUGAAAGACAAUAUCCACAAUGCAGUAGUAUAUAUCCCUAUUGGUGUAGCUAAAGUUCUACAAGUCAAACCUAAUCUUGUGUCAGCUGCCGUACAGGCUUUUUGCAACAGAGAUUCUGUUGAUUUAAAAGCCUGCAGAGCUAUGAAAUAUUUCCCACCUGAAAAUAGAGUUAAAAGAAGAAUAGCAUUUACGAAAUGUCUUUAUGCUAUGCUUACACAUAGUAAAUAUAUUCCUGAUAGACGCACUGGAUGGAAUUUGCCACCUGCUAAUUCUUUAGAAUAUAAAUGUAACAUUUUGGGUCUUAAAUUAGCCUGUGGUUUUGAAAUCUUGGCAUCACAAGCCAAACCCACUUCAGAUGUUGAAUCUGACAGAGGUUGGCUGAAUUAUUCAAAGAGUCUAAAAGAAAAGGGCUAUUUCCAGGAAUACUUGGAACAUUCUUUAGGCUAUAACAAUUUACUAAACAAAGCUAAAGAGUAUUAUGUUGAUCAUAGAGAUUCAAUGCACCAAAGCAAUUCAAUUGGUCAGGAAAUUUUAGAUAUAACCAGGAAUUUUGAAUCAGAUUUAGAAGAGGAAACUAAUCUUGUUGAUGAUGAUGAUUCUUGGUUAAAUAUCAGUCCUGAGGACUUAGAUAAAAUGCUCCAAGAAAAAUAUGGCCAAAAGAAAGUGUUUAAUGUCAAUAAUAAUACAGAUGCUUCCACUUUUACAGAAAAAUUAUCCAGUUUUUUGAACCACAUCUCAGAUGUAGAUGGAGCCGAAUUCCCAAACGAUAAAGAUUCUCCUCUUAGACCACCUAGACGGAAAGAUAAGAAUAAAGUGUCAUUUUCAAGAGAGGCAAAAUCUGAAGAGAACGCCACCAAUAAUAAAAUUAAUUUUGAUCCAAACUCUUUUAGUUGCGCCCUACAGAACAUCUUAAAUUUUGCUAUACCUGAAGAUGAUUCUUGGGAUUUGGAAUCGGAUUCAGAUAUGAGUGAAUAUGAAGAAGAUAAUUAUGUCAAAAGUCAAACUUACGAAAAUGAAAAAGUUAAAAAUAAGUUGGAAAAAUACAUGGAAGAAAUGGAUAAGGAAUUGGAAGGUACAACAAUGGGAAAGAGUUUUGAAAAGAAAAACGGGGAUAACUUUGAAGAUAUCGAGAACUUUACUCCGGUUGAUAUUAAUGUGAACGCUUUGAAAUAUAUUUUGGAGAGUUACAAGAGUCAGAUGGGAGAAGCGGGGCCUUCUAGCACCAUGCUGGGUCCUAUGGGAGUUCAUUUGAAUCCUAAAGAGAACUUAAAUCUCGAUUAAUAGAUUGAACUCAAUUAUGAAGAAUCUUUUACACAUGUAAGAAAUGUGAUACCUUAAUGUGCAAACCAACUCCAUUUUAAAAAUUACAAACGAAGCUAUACAAAUAUGCCUUGUCUACGAUUUAAUUGUUUCUUAGUUUCAUAUUUAUUGCCCAAACGUUUAUACAGGGUGUUCACAAAAAUAAUGCUUUUCUUUCACAUGUGGAUAUAUUUUGGAAAUUAAACAAUUGUAUGUAAAUUUAAAAAUAGGAUAAACUUAAUGUUUAUUAAUAUGUAUGUAUAUGACAGUAUUUUUUUGUUUUUAUUAAUUUAUUUAAAGUCUGCCUAUUUCUAAUUAAUUCCCUGGGAUGUUCCAACCAGAGAUAGGAAUCUUUAGUAACUCCAACAUUCAUGGACUCGCGACUGACUGCUUUAUAUCUCUUUUCCGAAAAGAUGUCACAGCCCAUGCUGUACGUCGUACUCGAUAUUCCUGCCCGGUGUGGUAUGUAUUCAGUGAGCAGUUUGUUCAGGCGCUGGACCUGGCUUGACUGCAGGUAUAUAUAUAUAUAUACACAAUAAACGAAUCUGCUAUGCAGGGCCGCUGCUCGCAUAUGACAGUAACUAUUUGAAUUUAAUUCAAAUAUUUGAUGUCUUAGGAAAGAUCAUAGUACCUUGUUCUUUAUGGGAGGAAAUUAUUUUGAAAAAUUCCUCUGGAUUUGUUACAUAAACAAAAUUAUCAAUACCAUGAUGUGAUACACCUUAUAUUUGUGGUAAAAUAAUUCUUGCACUGUAUGUAAAUAAAAAAUAAAUAUAUCAUUGCAUUGAUAUGGAAAAUGUUACUAAAUUUUCCUGGCUCUUCUUUCAAUUAAUAUCUAAAUACUUAAGACUGUUGUGUUUAUUUGGCUUAACUGUAGUCUUAUAAAGAAAGACAUUAUUUUAAUUGCCACCACCAUGUAGAUGUAUUUUAUUCUCAUAAUAAUUGGUUGGGAGUUAUCUGGUUUGCAAGUUCUGGUAUGGAUAUGUAUUACUGCCAGUAAAUUGUGUAAAAUAUUCUGAGAAACUGUUCAAAUAUAUAGAAUGUUCAACAAUUAACCAUUUAUGUCAAAAUUUAAAAAGAUAACCAAGUUAUUGAAUUUGUAAAUGGAGUUAUUUGAAGAUUCUAUAUAUUUUAUGUAUUUGCCGCCUGAACAAUUAAUCACCCAAAAAUAGAG